AUGCCGGUGCCCCGCUCCGCCCUGUUCCCUGGGUUGCCGAUCAAACGGUCGCCGCCGCGCCCCGGGAUGCUGGUACCCGGGUCCCCGCGAUGCCGGUGGCUGCAGCACCCCGGGAUGCCGGUGCCCCGGUCCCCACCCGCCCCGGUGCCGGUGCCCGGGUCCCCGCGCUACCGGAGCCCGGCCCCUCGCCGCCGCUCACCUGCCUCGGCGCCGCUCCCGCCGCAGCGUGCGCGCCCGGCGCGGAGCCGCGGAGCCCUGCGGGGCCGGCGGCGGCGGCAGAAGCUCCGCGGGGCCGAAGGGGGGUCCCCCUGGUCCCGCCCGCCCUGCCGCCCCUCCCGGGGGUGCCGCCCUCCGGCCCGCCCGCCCGGAGCCGCGGGGUGGGAGCGGGAAGGCGAGGCCGGUCCCAGACCGAUCCCUCAGCGGCACGGUGUGGCCGGAGCAGCGCGGUCCCCCCGGGCUGGCCCCCGAGAUCUGUGCAGGGAUGCCCCGGGGGGGAGCCCACCCCGUCUCCCCGGGGAAGCCCACCGGUGUCCCCUGCGAAAGCAGUGCUGCGGCGGGCCGAGAAAUCAGAGCCAGGAGUGGGUACAGCCGCCCUGA